AUGCUAAUGCAAAGAACUCCUCUGUCUGAAAUCUGUUCCAUAUCUGAUAUCUGAUGCCAACCCUUACCAUGAUAAAGGCCACAGGAGCCAAUCCAGGGGCACUGAAUUUAAAUGUAUAGCCUGUCCUGAGAAGUCUCUCUGGUUGGUCUCCUUUUCCCUUUUGCCACACGUUAGAGAACGAGUUUACCAACAACCAUCAGCCAAGCACAUCUAAGCUGGAUCCAGGCCAAAAGCAAGCAGCAUUGUUGCAAUCUGGGCAGUGAGGUGGAAGGGUGAGUGGUGCAUCAGUCGGAUGAAAACAUGCGGGCACUGCUGGGCAGCAGCUGGAGGAAGUUUGGACAUGCUGGCAGGGGGACAUACGAGUGGUUAACUAGCGAACCAAGCCUACCUCUUCUGGAAACCCAGCUGCAGGGCACCCAGAAGAUAAGUUCCGCCAAAGAAGAUGUGGAGCCCUUCCUGUGCAUCCUUCUUCCAGCCACCAUCCUGCUCUUCCUGGCCUUUCUGCUGCUUUUCCUGUACCGCCUCUGCAAGGCCCCACGGCCCCAGGGCCAGGUUUUCAGCAUCGACCUCUCAGAGCACCCACCCGUGGGAGAGGAGACUGACUUCCUGCCAGGCUUACCCUGGAGCGGGGAGCAGGACUUCGCCUACGCUCCUCUGCCCGGGGAGGUGGCCCCCCUCUCCGUGUGUUUACCGCCCUCCUAUGAAGAGGCCACCAGGAAUCCUGCUGAGGAAGAUGGCCCAAAUGCGGGCCUUCAGGGGCGACACACUUUACCUGGACUGAACGAGCCAAAAUAAACUGCUCGUGGAGACCAUUUAAAACGCAGCUCUCCACCCUUAUUGGAGGGAGGCGGAGAAUGGCAUCUAGUCCAAAAAGUUGCCGCUAUUCCCAGGCAGACUCCUGGACGUAUGGGACAUCUUAGGCUGGGGGAAAGGCUGGGCAAAUGUCUAGUUAACCCAUCUUCAGGUUCCUUACAGGAAAAUGUCCCCAGCUUGUUCUAGAGAUGACAGGGCUCCCCUAAAAUGUAUAACACUCCUUAGAACAAAAGGAAAGUUUUAUGUGAGUUGAGAAAAAAAAAAAAAUCAGUAACAAUAGUGGGCAUAGGAACGAGGUCUGAAGAGAAAGGAAAUGGAAAAAUGCUGAUACGUCGAAGGUAACUGCUUUUGCCACCAAAUGAAACUUUUCUUCCUAUACAGGUUUUUCAGGGCCUCAUGGUUUCACUUUUGUGUGAGGGCUUCAAGAGGGCUAGCAAGCUCUAGGAGGCAAAAACACCUCCAGAGCUGCAGUGAUCAACUGAAUUGUAAAUAAUGGUGAAAUAAUGAGAGUACAGGUGUCUACACACAUUUCAGUCUAAAGAAAUAAUAAAGCUCUCCAGAAUGAUUUCCUUCUUAGUGUCGCUCUCGCUUCCUAGAAUGGGAAAAGGAUUCGGCUUAGUCCCCGUAGGCAUGCCCUGCGCUGCGAGAACAUCGUAGGCUGUUUGGCAGUGCUGCUGUGGCAGGACAAAGAGCUGCUGCUCUAACACAUUACCUUAGGGGACCCGAUGACUGAAUGUGUGGCUUCACCAAGCAGCAGUAACAGAGCAGAAAUCAGUUUAGCAAUGAAAAGUAAAGGUGAACAUUUUGGAUCAUGUGGUAAAGAGAAACAUCGAUUUGUUCUAACAGGGACCUUAUAAAUCAGAGUUCAAACUCUUGCUCUACGGAUGUCAAAACUAGAGCUCUGAGAGGCUAAGCGACUUGCCCGAUGUUCAAUACGUCAGAAGAGGCAGAGCUGGGAUCAGAAGCCAGGGCCCACUGUCCUGGGCUGGAGCACUUUCCUCCGUGCCAGAUAUUCUCCCAAGAAAACAGCAAAUGUGGAAUUUGGGUGCAUCCUCCUCAAGACUCUCAAUAGGAUGAGUGUGGCCAAAUCUGGACUGGAUGCAAAUCUCCCUUUGAUUUUCACAAGGGGAGGUGGAGGUGGGUCAUGUGUCACUUGGGAGGCCCAUGGGAAUCCCCAUGGAGCUGGGGAGGUGGCAGAAGGGUGACAUGUGGCGUUCUUAAACUCUUAUUCCAUGCUAUAAUUUGGGGGAGGAAAACAAUUUUUAUUGUUUUCACAAUACAAAAUGCAAAACUAGACAACCUUUUGAUAGUUCAAAAUGAAUCAAAAGGGUGGCUUUAAAAAAAAAAGCCUUUUUUGACAUGAACAUUUUUAUGCUAGAUAUGCAAUGUGUUUUAGGAAUGCAAUAGUUUUAGGAAAAUAACAAAGUAAGCCAAUAUAGGAUACAUUUCUUUUUAAAUGGACUCUGAUAGAAAUAGGAAUAUCUUUGAGGACUGAAGCAAAACAUAACCUAUUUGAGUGAAAAUUAGUAAAAGUUCUUAAAGGAAAAUUAUACAGAACAAUUCCUUAAUGGUCUUUUCAGGGAAGUAAAUAAGCAAAUGGAAAUGAGAUGCAAAGCAGACAGCCUUCUUCAGAAUUUUAUUUUUUUUUAAUCCUAAGAAUCUAGUUCUGGGUGAGACUGAUGAUUCUUUCCCAACUGCCAUUUCUUCCUUUUCCUUGUUAAUGAAACUUUGAUUUGGCUCUGGGAUCCUGAGGUCACCAUUGUAAAGCAGAUCAGAUUCCUCCCAAUGCCAGAGGCUGCAUCAUGACAGUUAAUCAUGCUGAUCUAAUUCCUUCACUAGGGACUGAUUGGGUUUGGGACCUACAGGGAGAGCUACACAGAAGGAGAGGCUUGUUCUAAAAAAAACCCAAAAAACGGGUGCCUCAUAUUAAAAAAUAAUGCAUUG